UUUCCUGUAGGUCAGAGAAAUGUUACAGUAGAACCAGGACAGGAUGCCAUUCUGCCCUGUGAAGCUCCUGACAGUAAAGCUGUGAUAGUUGUAGAGUGGAGAAAAACUGAUCUGGGGCAAGAAUAUGUUCUGCAGUACAGAGAUGAGCAGAUGGACCCAUUCUUCCAGCAUCCAUCAUUCAGGAACCGGGUGGAUCUCCAGGACAGACAGAUGAAGGCUGGAGACGUGUCUUUGGUUCUGAAGAACGUGACGACUAACGAUACUGGAACAUACCAGUGUCGAGUUCAAAACGAAGGAAGCCUUGACAGGAACAUCAUCAACACUGUCAUCCUGAAUGUUUCUGCUUCAGGAAAAAAGAAUGGAAGCAAAGGAGGAGGAGGAAACGGGAACGGAUCUAUUGGACUCUUAGUUGGUCUGCCAGUUGCCAUCAUUGUAUGUGUUGUAGCUGUUGCUGCUGUAUUUCUUUAUAAAAGAAGAAGUUUGAUGCAGAAACACAGUCCUGCUGAGUCAGCUAAACCAGAGCAUGUUUGAGUGUAAGAGUCCUGCAGCUGUUUCCUAGUGACUAUUUUACUGACUACAGCAACACACCAUCCUUCUGUCAGUAAUACGGACUUAUUAGGUUAUUUCAAAACUAUUUUAUUAGAGCUGCGCCAGUCAAGUGGCCACCGAUCAUAAUCGGCCGAUUUCC